CAAUUAUCCGGAAAGAGCCGAAGAGCCAGCGCCGCCAUUGCUCCGCCUCCUAACCGUCAGUGUGCCAGGAAGGAGGGCGUGAGUUAGCCGCUGAAUGACUGGCGGACAGGCGGCGCUGCGGACGGCGUGGACGGGACAGGACAGCCUGUGGAACAUUUACUAUCCUGGCGGCGCAUGUUGUUUCAACAAUUGACGUGAGGACGGCCUUGGUCGGAACGCGAGGGCGGUGUUGUGUUGUCGCGGGUUGAUGGGCCCAGGAGCGAGCAAGACAGAAAAGUAAACAUCUUUUCAGGACUUUUUAAAGAUCGCAAUAAUUCCGUUGGCAUGACACAUGCUGGACUGAGUGCAUCGACGUGUUGUCCAGGUUUUGAAUGAGGGCCAAUCACGUUUGCUAUUCAAAUACAGGCUUAUGUCAGUGACCUACAUCUCAUGUCUGUGCGCCAAGAGCCCGCAGUCUCCUCGGCGCUAGACCAGAGCCCACAGUCUCCUCGGCGCUAGACAUGGGCAAGGAUCAGGUGCUGCCGCCAAGCGGAGAGUCCGAGACUGAAGACGAUGCUAGUCUAGAAGUGGGUCCGAGGAAAGAUGAGCCAGCAGCUGGCAGCGAGGGCAAAGUCCCGCAGGAGGACGGCAAAGUCCCGCAGGAGGACAGCAAAGUCCCGCAGGAGGACAGCAGCGUCCAGCUGAUCGACACCGACUGCGAGCCCAUCUCAUGCCCGGGUCUCGAAGCGGACCCGGCGGUUCCAGUGGACAGGCACGGCGCAGGAUUCGUGCCCCCCGAAGGAGGUUUUGGCUGGCUGGUGGUUCUGGCAGCAACCUGGUGCAAUGGGUCCAUCUUUGGAAUUCAGAACUCUUUUGGCAUCCUGCACUUGAUGCUGGUGAAGGAGCAUGCGGACCCGGACGACCAGACGUCCCAGUUCAAAGUGGCCUGGGUCGGGGCUCUGGCCAUGGGCAUGAUCUUCUUCUGUUCACCGGUGGUCAGCAUGUUCACCGACCACUUUGGCUGUCGGACAACGGCGGUCAGUGGGGCGGUGCUGGCGUUCAUUGGACUGCUGAGUACAUCUUUUGCAAACUCCCUGAGCCUGCGUUAUUUCACUUAUGGCAUCCUGUUUGGCUGUGGAUCCUCCUUCGCCUUCCAGCCCUCUUUGGUCAUCCUGGGCCACUACUUUCGCCGGCGCCUUGGCUUGGCCAACGGUGUGGUGACGGCGGGUGCCAGCCUCUUCUCCAUGGGUCUCCCUGUGUUGCUGGACAAGGUGGUGGAGCCGCUGGGACUCAGCAGGACCUUCCAGAUCCUCAGCCUCUUCAUGCUUGUGCAAGCCUUUCUGGCACUGACAUUUAAGCCAUUGCUACCGGCCGGACAUGGCAUGGGACCACCAGGCAGCGCUGAGUCUCCAACACAGCCAGGGACCACUGCUCAGAGCGCAAAGUGGUGGAAUAAGGCCUCGGCGGGGGUCAGAAAGUACUUUAACCUGAGAGUUUUCCGCAUACUCACUUACCGUGUUUGGGCAUUUGGAGUUGCUACAGCUGUAUUGGGCUACUUUGUGCCUUACAUCCAUCUGAUGAACUUUGUACAGGAGCAGUUCAAGGGCACGGAGAAAGAAUGGCUGCUCCUGGUGUGCAUCGGAGCUUCUUCAGGGGUGGGACGGCUCGCUUUUGGCAAGAUCGGAGACCUUAUUCCUGGCCUGAAGAAGAUCUACAUGCAGGUGGUGUCCUUCAUGGCCCUGGGUCUGAUGUCUAUGAUGAUCCCUCAAUGUGCCGUCUUCGAGGGGCUGGUGGUGGUGUGCAUUUUCCUGGGCCUGUGUGACGGGUGCUUCCUCACCAUGAUGGCCCCCAUAGCGUUUGAGCUGGUGGGGCCCAUGCAGGCCUCGCAGGCCAUAGGUUACCUGCUGGGCCUCAUGUCUCUGCCAAUGACCGCAGGGCCGCCCAUCGCUGGUCUCCUCCAUGAUUAUUUUGGCAACUACUUGGUGGCCUUCUCCCUGGCCGGCGUGCCCCCCAUGGUGGGAGGGGUGGUGCUGUUCUUUGUGCCCCUCAUACACCGCCCACUGCAGACGGCAGAAAGGGAGGCCGACGCCCCCAUGUUGGCCGACGCCCCCAAGAGCUGCUCCAACGGAGACCUGCUGCCUGGCUACACUGACCUAGAAACACAUAUUUGACUGGAGCUGUGUGGAAACACUGGAGGGACCAUCACUUUGCGUGACCUUUGACCUCCUUGACACUGGUUGAUAACCAUGAGAAGGUCAGACAUGAUGCUAGCCCCAGAGAGCUCACAGGAAGACCUCCAAGAGGAAGAGACUACAUUGCUAGUUUAGAUCUCACAACCUAGACAUGUUUGGGAAAUCCACAUUUAACAUUGUAGAUAUCAAUUAUAGCAGUGGUCCCCAACCUUUUUGUAGCUGCGGACCGGUCAACGCUUGAUAAUUUGUCCCACGGAACGGGGCACACAUGAUUGUAUUUCUUUUUUUUCAUAAAGAAAUACAAUCAUGUGUGCUUACGGACUGUAUACCUGCAGACUGUAUUGAUCUAU